CUAUAUCCUUAUGUUCAACUGCUUCCGGAGUUUUGCUGCUGACUGACCCCGGUGUGAAGGAGUAGUAUCUUGUAAGGACAAACCCGUGGUCUGUUUUACUAAACGUGUCCCCGCUCCUCGCUCACCGCCCCCCCCUGGCCCUCGGUGCUCCCUGAUGGGCGGCUGGUCCCGCGCGGCGGUCCUGGCGCUCUACCGCUCUCUACUCCGGGCCGGGCGCCGCCUGACCUUCACCGACCGCGACUUCUACCGCCGUUCCGUCGCCCGCGAAUUCCGCCGCUGCCAGGCGCUCACGGCGCCGGGGGACCGCGAGGCCGCGCUCCGGAGGGGCCAGUUCUUCCUCAGCAGCCGAUUGGGCGGACUGAUGUAGGAGGCGGGGCUCGGAGGUCAUCUGCAAGUGCGACUUGAGGCUGUGGAUCUUACAGGAUGGCGGGGCUGAACCGGGAGCCGAAGGGGAAGAGGGGCGACGGGGGUCUGGGCACGGCCGUCGACUUCCUGCUGUCCAACGCCAAGCUGGUGCUGGGAGUGGGCGGGGCCGCCGUGCUGGGCAUCGCCACGCUCGCCGUCAAAAGGAUGUACGACCGCACCCUGAGCGCGCCCACCAGCCCCACCAAGAUGGAGGCGGGGGGGCAGAGGAGCUGGGAGGAGCCUAGCUGGAUGGGCUCCUCCCCCCGCGUGCUGAACCCGGACAUGAAGGCCAGCGUCAGCCGGUCGCUGCAGACCCUGCCCACCUCGGCCCACUGCUUCGAGCCAGACGCCAUGCGGCGGGCGGUGGGCCGCUCCGGGCUGGGCGCCGGGGGCGGGGCCGACCUUCUGAGGGCCCGGAUGCGUCUGUCGCUUCAGGAGCGUCUGUGGGCGUUCUACCGGGAGAGGGUCAACAUCCCGGGGGAGGAGCAGGCCGCCGCCCGCCGCGCCGCCCUGGACAUCUGCGCCGAGCUGCGCGUCUUCCUGCACGCCAAGCUGCCCGACAUGCCGCUGCGCGAGAUGUACCUGAGCGGCAGUCUCUAUGAUGACCUGCAGGUGGUGACGGCGGACCACGCCCAGCUCAUGGUGCCCAUGGUGCUGGAGAAGAACCUGUGGUCCAUGGUGCCGGGCGAGGACACCAUCAUGAACGUGCCGGGCUUCUGGCUGGUGCGCAGGGAGAACCUGGAGUACUUCCCGCGCGGCAGCAGCUACUGGGACCGCUGCCUGGUGGGGGGGUACCUGUCUCCCAAGGCGGUGCUGGAGGUGUUCGACCGGCUGGUGGCAGGCUCCAUCAACUGGCCGGCCAUCGGCAGCGUGCUGGACUACGUCAUCCGGCCCGUGGUGCCGUCGGAGACGCUGACGCUGGAGGUGCAGUACGAGACGGACCGCCGGCUCUACGUCGACUUCCUGCCGCUGCUGGCGAUGGAGGACGGCGGCGCGCUGAUCGCCAAGCCCCACCGGCCGGCCGCCGAGCGCCACCAGAACCUGUGGCGGCAGAGCUUCCGGGCGGCGGAGACGGCCCGGCUGCGGGCGCUGGACCGCGAGGACGGCGGCUGCCGCUGCGCCUGCCUGAAGCUCGCCAAGGCCGUGUGCAAGCUGAACGCGGCGCUGCAGCGCCUGAACGCCAGCCAGCUCACCAACGCCCUCCUGCUGCUCAGCGACACGGAGGGCGACUGGACGCAGGAGGCGCUGGCCGACCGCUUCCUGCAGCUGCUGCGUGCGCUGGUGCGCCACCUGGAGGCCGGGAGGCUGCCCUGCGCCCUCAACCCCAAGGUCAACCUGCUGUGUGAGCUGCUGGAGCCCGAGGUGGACGAGCUGGGCUACACGCUGUACUGCGCCCUGUCGGACCCCGAGGGCUUGCUCAGGACUGCCCUGGACCAGCCCCCCCACCCCUGACCCUCCCCCCGAGGACCUCUGCUCAAAGCACUAUCUAUAAAUAUAUCUCGUUCUCCAGGAGGCGUCCUACUGGACCAGAGUCCAGUUAGUUCUUUUCUACUGUGUUGUUGAAGUGAUCCGCGGUGUCGAGGGUCACCGGCCAAACAGCGGCUCUCAGUUCCACCGUUGACGCGUGUGUGGUAGAACGGAGCCCCACCGUGUAACCUCAAAGAUGAUACCAGGAGGCUGGUGCACGGGGCUGCGAGGGCUUGAAUUGUGUCUUACCAGGGAAUGUCAUUGUGUAACUGAGUGUGUGUUGAUUAUGCCAAACCUAAAGUAAAUAAAUAGUUGACGUUGAGUGACAGCGGAGACAGUAUAAUGUCAGGUUGCAUGGAUCCCCACCCACGUUGGGCCGUGUUAUUAACGUGGUUUGAUGUCUGCUGCUGACGGCCUGAUACAGGAUGAAGACUGAAGACUGUCUGCAUGGAGGGUUAGGCUAUCCCAACAGCCGGGGGCGUCGUGUGCAGGUCUGAUCCUUCAGCUCAGUCACUGUUAACCUACAGCUGUGCAAAUAUUUAAACUGCUACUGGAUUCUCAAAGUAAAGGACAUAUUGGAAUUGUUCCGACUGUUUUAGAAACAUUUUUCCCCUGAGCCAAUGUGUUCCAUUGUCAAACAAAAGGUGCUGAUAGGAUUUAAGAUCAGAAACCAGUGAAACCUGAGGAUGACUCAGUGGAUCGGACAGGUUGGAAUUGUUAAACAUUUCGGUUGAAGCCUCUUAGUUCAUACCAUCAUUAAGUUAUUCUUAAGUCGCCCGUGUACAUGAUUUAUCAUUUGUUGGGCAAAAAAUGACCAAACCAGGGAGUGUCGUGCUGCUCAACAAUCCUGCCGAGCUUCUGUUUAGUCUUCUUUCACCCCAGUCUGUCCUGCAGGUACAGGGGACCCGGUUAACAGUCGGCCCAUGGUUAAAUCUCACCUUUGAAUCACACGACAAAGGACUUGGUCAAUAUGAGCUUAGUGGUUCUAGCGCUCAGAUUCUUAGACCGUUCUGUUUUCCUCUCCGUUCAGGUGCGAGAGGAAGCUAACUAGGCUAACUAGUCAGCAGCAGCUUCCAGAGGGUUGGAGUUGGUAGCAAUGGCCUCUUGCCCGUUAGGGUUAGUCGCUUCAGGUGCACCAGUUUACGGGAAAUGGAAAGACCAAAUUAGGGGCAACCCUGUUUAUUCACCCAAAGCCAUUUUUUCUUGUACAGUCACAGGAUUAAGUUGUACCUUGUUUGUGGAUUAUGGAGGAGGAAUAAAGAUACUUUAACGUUAAGCAGG